UUACUGCAAAUUUUUGUUUAGUAUUUUUAUUUAUUUAGGCAAAAUGAAAUUAACUAAUCAACAUUUAGGUCAACUGGAAUUUGAUCACUUCCAUCAUCUUGGCUUCAGCACAAAUUCUAAGGACAUUAAAAGUUUGUUUCAAGAUGUUAAGUUUGUCUGCUUAAGUGGCAGUGUUGACAGAGUUUUUAACUAUGCUAAAUUUGUGAACAGCAAACUAAAGAUGGUUAAAGAAGAUGAUUUAGUUGAUUUAUGUUCAACUGAUCGUUAUUCUAUGUACAAAGUUGGGCCCAUAUUGAUAGCAAAUCAUGGCAUGGGUGUUCCAUCAGCCUGCAUCAUUUUGAAUGAACUGUUUAAACUUCUUCAUUAUGCUGGUGCAAACGAUGUCACCUUUUUUCGAAUAGGUACAUGUGGUGGACUUGGAUUGGAACCGGGAACAGUCGUUCUAACUAAAAGAUCAGUAAAUGGGUUACUAUUGCCAAAGCAUUCUCAGGUUGUGCUUGGAAAUGUUGUAGAGUAUGAUACAACUUUUGAGCAUGGUUUAUCAGAGGAAGUGUUAAGUUUGGCGAAAGAAGAAAAAGCACAAUUUGAUUUUGAUGUUGUAAUUGGAGAUACGAUGUGUUCAGACGACUUCUACGAAGGCCAAGCAAGACUGGAUGGAGCAUUUUGUCCUUACUCAAGAAAAGACAGGGAUGAAUUCCUGGAAAGAGCUUACGAAAAUGGAGUGCGUAAUAUUGAAAUGGAAUCACUUGUCUUCGCAUCUAUGUGCAUUCGCGCCGGUGUGAAAGCCUGUAUCGUAUGCGUCGUUUUAGUGAACCGGCUCAAUGACAAAGACCAGAUUUUAAUAUCAAAAGAACGCGUUAAGGAAUUUGAAGCGAGACCAGGUGAUUUAGUCUUUGAAUUUAUGAAACAGCAUUUGAAUUUAAACGAUGGUUAAACUUGCCGCAUAUGUCAUCUACGGUAUUAUUAGAUGGUAAAAAAUGUUUGUCAUAAAAAGGACUUUUAUAUAAAUAUAAUAGCUAGUCCUUGACUCAUAGAAAUAGCUGCGGAUAUCUGCCUAUUGUGUACAUAUGUUCGCUGCAAAAGGGUAUCAAUUUAGCUGGCACUCUCUAAACAAAAUAUGAGUAUCAAUUAAAACAAUAGUUGUAAGUCCCGUAGAAACUCUAAUUUAGCAGACGAAUAAAUAGAUAACUGAGAAAAAAAACAACAAGGACGUUUUGGUUCGUAACACGUGUUUCGUACACUUUAGCAAGCAUAUCUUACAGACGAAAAAUAGAUUGGUAAAAGUCGACUUAUGAUUGAAUCUUAUGCUUGAAUAAGGUUUUUCUUGAAGAAUCAGUCAAAAAGAUUUCGAAUUAUCGUUUGGAGUAGACAACAUUCUUUUAGGCGAUUGCGUGCCUUUGUUUGGGGUAUGUUUUAGUAGCAUUUUUAGUAGAAAUUUAUGAUUUAGAUAAGGUGGUCAAUGUAAUGCCAACCAUAGACCUUUAUGUGACCAUCAGUAAUUUUUUUCGUAUUUCAUAUGUUCGAUUCAAUUGUUUUGCUUCAACCAUCACUGUUAGUAAAAUUGUUUUACAAAUAAAACAAUUUUAGUAAUUUUUUAGUAAAUUGUUUAUAAAUAAAACACAAUUUUAGUAAAAAUCUUUCUUUUUUUUAUUUCGUUAUUUACUUUAUUAAUAUUUUUACUAUUUAUUUCGUGUUUUUUAAUUAUUCUAUGAUAUUACAUAUUAUAGACACUGUAAAUUGCUUUAGACGGAAAAAAUAUUAGGAAAAUCA